AUGAGCACGGCUCAGCUGAAACAGUGGCUUCUCGAUCAAGGCGUGGAUCUCUCCCCUCGAGAGCACAAACGCGCCUACUACCUCCGGAUGGCUCUUCCGCUGCUCGCUUCCCCCGGUGCUCCUCUCUCCUUCGCGUCUCCGCAGCUUGGUUCACUGAAUACGCUCUUCUCGCCUCCCAUGGGCUCGCCUGACACGCGCGCGCCACUGAACACGCCCUUCACGCCUCCCACGGGAUCGGUAUAUGAUGAUGCGUUAACUUCUGCUCGUUCUGGCGAGCCUCUGUCCGCGGUGGAUCAGCAGCAGCGGCGUGGGAAGCUGCAGGAGGGGGGGAAGUCGACCCCUUCGACAGCCGGGAGCGCAUGUGCUACCGCAGGGCAUAAGAGAGCUGUUGAAGCAGCAGCAGGAGCAACGGUCUCAAUCCCGACACAGAGCAGCACAGGCGUCAUGUGCGUGGAUCAGCAUGGGCAGGGAGUAAUGGAGGAAAUGACGAUGGUGGAGAGGCAAGUGCAGGUGUGGGUGCUGCAGGUGGAGAUGGUGGAGAUGGGAAUCUGGAGACGCGCGAUGGUACCUGGGGGUGGUUCUGGGCUGCUCUUCCCCACGUCUCACCGUGCCGUCCCUCCAGUGUCAUCGCCUCGCCUGUCGGCCUCAAGCAGGCAGAAGAAAGAGAGCAGGCCUGCGAGGAACAGGAAGCAGGGGCGUGCUGCAUGGUCCUGGUCGGUGCACAUGGUGCUGCUGCAGGCAGUGCAGCUGGUGGCCAUGGUGGGCGUGGCAGCAGGCGUGUACUCCUCUGCGUGGACGCUCAUUCAGUCCCUGGAGCACCGCUUGCUUCCCUUCUGUGACACCCAUGGCAACAGCCAUUCAAAAUCCACCUCUGGGGAGCCUGAUUCGCUGUCAUCGUCGGUAUUGCCACAGCAGCACGAGCCUCUUUUUCUCUCCACGGUCGCACAUGCACCCGCCAUAAUCCUGGUCUAUCCACGAAUCGUGGCGGAUGCAACGAAGGUUGUGUGGGAGUGGCAGGUUGAUGCAAGAAUGUCAACGCCCUCAGCGAAGCUUUCAUAG